AUUGACUAGGCUGCUGUGGUCUUCAAACACCGUUCUCUGUGGGCCAGAGGCGAUGUGGUGCUGAAGACCCAGGACAAAGCCCAGGCUCCUCGCUAGGAUGGGGCCGGCGUGGCUGUGGCUGCUGGGAGCAGGGAUCCUGGCUUCUGCCCAUGGAGAUGCGGGUCCGGGGCUGCCACCAGCGCCCAGUGGUCCGCUCCCAGAGCUGGCCCCUGCCUACCGCCAAGUCACACCCACCAUUACCAGCUUCGCUUUGCGUUUGUAUAAGCAGCUGGCGGCGGGAACCCCGGGAAACAUCUGCUUCUCCCCGGUGAGCAUCUCCACCACCCUGGCCCUCCUCUCUCUCGGGACCCCAGCUGGCACAUCAGCUCAGAUCCUGAGGGGCCUGGGCUUCAACCUCACGGAGACCCCGCAGGCCGACAUCCACCAGGGCUUCCAGAGCCUGCUCCGCACCCUUGACCUGCCCAGCCCCAAACUGGAGCUGAAAGUUGGCAACUCCCUGUUCCUGGACAAGCAGCUGAGGCCUCGGCAGAGCUUUCUGGACAGGGUCAGGGAGCUGUACGGAGCUCUGGCUUUUUCUGCCAACUUCACUGAUUCUGCUACAACCAGGAGGCAUAUCAACGACUAUGUGAGAAAGCAAACAUACGGGCAGGUGGUGGACGGCCUCCCGGAGCUCACCGAGGAUACGCUCAUGGUUCUCUUGAACUACAUCUUCUUCAAAGCCAAGUGGAAGCAUCCUUUCCAUCGCUACCAGACCCAGAAGCAGGACAGCUUCUUUGUGAAUGAGAGGACCCCUCUCCGCAGCCCUCUGAUGCACCAGAAGGAGAUGCACAGGUUCCUCUACGACCCGGAGAUGACCUGCACCGUCCUCCAGAUAGAGUUCAGCGGGAACGCCCUGGCCCUGCUGAUCCUCCCUGACCCGGGCAAGAUGGAGCAGGUGGAGGCCGCGCUGCAGCCCGAGACCCUGAGAAAAUGGAGCCAGCUGCUCCGGCCCAGCCUGUUGGACUUGCAUUUGCCAAGGUUUUCCAUCUCUGGGACGUAUAACCUGGGAGAAAUCCUUUCCCACAUUGGUCUCACCGACAUGUUCGCGUUAGAAGCUAGCUUGUUAUCAGGAAUCACUGGACGGCCCAACAAAACCAUCUCCAGGGUGUCACACAAGGCAGCAAUGGGCAUGAGCGAGCGGGGAACCAAGGCAGGCGCUGCCUCGGGCCUCCUCUCCCAGCCCCCGGCUCUGAACGCGACCUCGGCCCCACAGGCCCAUUUCAACAGGCCUUUCCUGGUGCUGCUAUGGGAGGUGACCACGCACAGCCUGCUCUUCCUGGGAAAAGUCAUCAACCCGGCUGCGGGGUGACAUGGUGGGAGGCUGGGGGCUGCCUUGUCUCUCCCCUGCCAGACAAACAGGAAGGUCGGCACCAGCCCGCGCUGUGGGCUGACGUGAGGACCAGUCCACCAGGGGACAAAGAUCCUAAUAAAGUUGGCCUUGGGUUUUGUGAA